UCUCGAGGGGGAUCUCCUAUUCCCACGAAUCCAUGGUCGCACGCCGGGUGGAUCUCGUGGCGCUGGUCCGGAUCUCGAUCUUGUUUACUUCUUCCACCGAGGCGUAGCAGAGCGAUGAGAUCUGAAUCCCGUGACUGCGAGAUAUCAAGAAACGCGUCAAUUAACUUCUGGUUGGCAAAGAAAGGUGGAUACAAGAAUCGCCUUGUUUGAUUGCGUAGUUGUAGAUGGACUUAUGAGAUUGGGCCAAGUAUGAAGUAUCAGACUAAUGAUUCAAUACCCAACUAAGAUUCAAAUAUGGGAUGCCUGCCUUCAAAACAAAACGAUUCAGAUACUGGAAGCAGAAAAAGGUCAGGGAAUGUGGGGGAGGUGGCAGUCUUUGUGCCUGGGUUGCGAGUCCCCAAAAGCGUGGAUUUGUUUCAGUCACUGGGUGAUAUCUUGCCGUGGUGUUUAACCCAACGUCUGUCUGCCUUGAGAACCAGAAUUGUAGUUAUGGCUGCUCAAGAGGCACCCAUUGUGGUGAAGCCCAAGAGGAAAACAGCAACGCAGCAUGGUGGUUCUAGUUUGCCUGAUCUUCGGCAGGCUCUUGAAGACUACUUACCAGUACUUCUUGGUUUAGUGAAAGAUGGAAGCCAGCUAGUAGACAGCAUUCACUUUGUAUGGACUAACCAGGAGGAUGAUGCUGAGGUGGUUCUAUAUGAAACAAAAAUUGCAAAUGCCUGGUAUGAGGUUCUCUCAGUUCUGCACUUGAUGGCCAUGCUGUGCUUUUCUGAAGCCAACUCCUUGCUUCUUCCUAAAACAUCUAGUGAUAGUAAUCCAAAAGUUUCUGAAGAGAGUAGGAGAAGUGCAAUUGAUAUAUUCUUGAAGGCAGCAGGUUAUCUGGAUUGUGCCAUUCAACAUGUUCUUCCUCAACUCCCUCCUGAUCUAAGGGUGAAUCUUCCUGUUGAUCUUGCCGAAGGAGUGCUCCACUCUCUUCUUAUGCAAGCAUUGGGUCAGAGUGUGGAUAUUCAACUCGGGAUGGCAAUGGAUAGUCCCAAAGCUACAUUGGCUGUCAAAAGGAGGCUAGCAUGCGAAAUGGUCAAGUGCUGGCAUCAGGCGGAGGAUAGCAUCACAAAGUACACAUUAGCUGAAGGUUGGGGAGGAAAACAUCAACUAUUUAUCAAAUGGAAGCAUGAUGAAGCAAAGGCGGCUGCUUAUUAUUACCAUGGUGUUAUUCUUGAUGAGGGUAACACAGAAAAAUCGCAUAGGAUGGCAGUCGCAGCUCUCCAAGCUGCUGAAGAAUCUAUCAGCCAAAGCAAAAGGGCAUCUGAUGCAUUCAAUGCAAUGCCCCCUAUAUCAAGGAAUCCUCCUCCCUGGGGUCCUAUGAAAUAUCUAUACGAGAAAAUUCCGAAAGAUGCAGCCAACAAGGUUCGCAUAAAUCAGGACCUCUACAAUCAACACAGGAUCCUUGAGAGAGCACCGACAUUACUAGAUUUCGCUGUGGCUCUUAAACCGGAUGACUAUCGACUUCCAGAGGUCGACCAUGCUUGGAAUUAAGGAAAAACAUCAACAAAUGGAGCAAGCUUUCUGAAUGAACUCUGAUGAUCUUUGGUUUAUGGUGUGCGCAUCUACCUCGAGGUGGGAAAGUUCCUCUCGUCUCCAUAACAAAAGUUUGCAAAGAAUCAACUUCCUUCUUCUGUGUUUUCCUGGCAUAUAUUGUAAUCUCUCAAUAGCGUCUUUCUAUUUUUUUUUAAAGAAUGUAUUUUUUGUGGUGUUUUGUGUAAUAUACUUGAACGUACAGGAAAAAGGAGUUUCCAUUUGAUUC